AUUGAAUCAUUUUUUAUUCCUGGGAUUGGAAGACAUGGUCCUUGCAAUAAAACUGUUGCUCUUCAUGUGUAUCUGGCCGACAGCUCUUUUAAUCAGUCACAGUGAUCAUCACCAUCAUUAUCACCACCACCACCACCACCAUCAUCCUCAAAGGUCAUUCGUGAAAAGACAUAACAGCAAGCGAGAAAUUAAGAUGAGGAAAUUAGACAGCACCAAAGUGCGGCCCAUGAAAUCCGAGCAACUUCUCCGCAUAGAGGACCACGAUUUUGCAAUGAGACCUGGCUUUGGAGGAUCACCAAUACCAGUGGGUAUUGACGUCCAAGUAGAAAGCAUUGAUAGCAUUUCAGAAGUUGAUAUGGAUUUCACAAUGACUUUAUACCUCAGACAUUACUGGAAAGAUGAGAGACUCUCAUUUCCUAGCACUAGAAACAGAAGCAUGACCUUUGAUGGAAGACUAAUAAAAAAGAUCUGGGUACCUGAUAUAUUUUUUGUGCACUCCAAAAGAUCUUUCAUUCAUGACACAACUAUGGAGAACGUUAUGUUACGUGUCUAUCCAGACGGAAACGUACUCUUCAGCUUACGGAUAACAGUUUCAGCUCUGUGCUUCAUGGACUUCAGUAGGUUCCCACUUGACACUCAAAACUGCUCUCUAGAAUUGGAAAGCUAUGCCUACAAUGAAGAAGACUUAAUGCUGUAUUGGAAGCAUGGCAAUGAAUCACUCAGCACAGAUGAGCACAUUUCCCUUUCCCAGUUCUUCAUUGAAGAAUUCAGUGCUUCUAGUGGACUAGCAUUCUAUAGCAGUACAGGUUGGUACAAUCGACUUUUCAUAAACUUUGCCCUGAGGAGGCAUAUUUUCUUUUUUGUCCUACAAUCCUACUUCCCAUCCAUGCUCAUGGUGAUGUUGUCAUGGGUUUCAUUUUGGAUUGACCGAAGGGCUGUUCCUGCUAGAGUAUCGCUAGGUAUAACUACCGUGCUGACAAUGUCAACCAUAAUCACAGGAGUAAGUGCCUCAAUGCCUCAGGUGUCUUACAUAAAAGCCGUGGAUGUAUACUUAUGGAUCAGUUUUCUCUUUGUCUUCCUAUCUGUCAUUGAAUAUGCAGCUGUUAAUUAUCUCACCACAGUGGAAGAACGAAAACAGCUGAAAAAGAGAGGAAAGGCUGCUGGAUUGUAUAAUAUUGAUGCGGUGCAAGCAAUGGCCUUCGAUGGCUGUUAUCAUGACACAGACACUGACAUUGAUAUGGCCACUUUUUCAGUCCAUUCCGAAGAGAGUUCAACACGAGGGCGAGCACCCAGUAUUGCCAAUCUAGAUGCAACUCGCAUAAAAAGGAAGAGAUCCUUGAAAGGAAAUGUGGGCAGGAUUAUUUUGCAGAACAAUCAUGCCAUCGACACAUAUUCCAGGAUUAUAUUUCCUACUGUUUAUAUUGUAUUCAACUUUUUUUACUGGGGUUUGUAUAUAUGACUGUAAAGAACUAUAGCUGAUGCAUUUUAGCAUACUAGAAGUGUAUGUUUGUAAAACAAACAUUCACACAAGCCACAAUCAAUACUGGAGAUUAUUUAGAGUCUAAAGAAGUGAUUCCAAUAACAAAGGGAUGAUUUAUUUUCUCUCAGUGCAAAAGCUAUUAAUUAAAAAGAAAGCCUCAAUAAUUCUGGGUUUCUCAUGUUAUCUACAGUUUUAUUUCUAAAUCAUGAUAAGCAGGAUUUUUAAAAACCUGAUUUGCAUGUAUGACACUUCUGUUUCUAGAGCAACACACAGCAUUAGCAAUCAUGGGACUUCCUACAAUUAUGCUAAAUAGAUUUACAAAAUAAUUUCUAAAGCUGUCAAUGGUAGCUACUCUUGAAGCAUGCAGCAGCUUAAUCCUCCCUAGGUUUCCACACACACACCCAUCUGUGAUGCAGACUAGCAUAAUGUAAACAGCACCAAGGGUUUCUCCAAAUGAUCCCAUUCUUAACUUCAUACAUUCCUAAAGUAAUUACAUGCACACUCGCAUGCAUGAAAAACCUUUGUUCUUGGAUUUUUUCCCCAAGGAGGGAAUUCUGUUUGUCAAGUGGUUUAGAAACUGGUUGUAAUGAUGGACAUAAUUACAUAACAAAACAAUUAUAUAACUGAGUGAGGGCCAAAUCAGACACGUGUGGGAGCCUGGCGAUUUAAAAAUAUUAAUAGUAGUUGAGUAGGGAGGCAGUUCACAUUGGGGCCACAGUACUGGGCAUGGGUAGGUAGCCCUUUUCUCCAUAUCGUUUUCCUGCUUUGAAUUGCCUUCUUGGAGCCAAUAAAUCCCUGUGAAUAUUCUCUCUUUGCCCAGCAGAGUAUUUAUAGGUACUCGUGUGGGGCAAUUUGGAUCAGGAAAAUGGCUUGGGGUGGGGGGAAGGAAUGACUUAACCCAAUGCCAUGGCCUCAAUCUAAAUUACACCCCUCCUUGCAAACACUAUUUCUUUCUUUAUUUUCUAAAACACACACAAGGUCCUGACCACAGAUCUCCUGCAUUACAUCUGGCUUGGCCCUGGGCUGACACACAUAAUUUAGGCCAGACUAAACUAGCUAACUAAAUAUUCUGUUCAAGCAUUAGAAGAUGCACAUUAUGGAAUUAGCACAUAACAGUGGCUAACAUGAUGCACAGCAGUAGAUCAGUAGUGCAUCAGAAUGUGAUGCACUGCAGUAGAUCAGCAGUAGAUCCACAGGGAGCCUCCAGUGUCCCUGCAGCAAUGGCACAUUAUGCAGCUGAGUAAUUAUAGAGGGGGUGGGGGAGAAGAGGAGUGAUUUUUCUUUCUCUCUCCUGUCUCCUCCCUCCAAAAGCCCUUUCCAUUAUGACUAUGUGAUAUUCCUGCAAGUGGAAAGGACUCUUGGAGGCAGGGGAGAGAAGCAAAAACUGCUUCCCCCUCUGUGCUCUCUCAGCUGAACAAGGCACCAUUGCCAUAUGGAUGACCUUAUGUUGGCCAGGAUUUUUAUAUCAAGUAUAUGUCAAGUACCACAAGAGUUGUAAAGGACACACAUUUUGGUGGAAAUUAUAUCUGAAAUGACAACUGAUAUAAACACAAUUCUGUUUGACAGUCCAAUGCAUUCAAAUAAUAAAAGCUAAUUUCAAUUAAUACAAUGUCUAUCAAAAAUUGCUGGUAGUUCAGAAUGAUAGCUUUACGACCCAGCCCUAUGUAUGCUUGUUCAGAAGUAAGUUCCACUAUUUUGAGUGGGACAUACUUCCAAGUAAGUAUGCGUAGGAGCGCAGCACACCCAAACUAUAAAUGACUCUAAUUGCUUGUAUUGUAUCUUUCGCCUGGAUUUUUAAGCAAUGAAAACUGGAGGCUGUGAGUUUGACAGUGGAGUGACGGUAUAGCGACUACUUAACUGUUUCCCAUCUGGCUAUUUUUCUACACAGUAUUGCAUCUUGGCUGUUUUUUUGAGGGUGGAGAAAAACAUCUAGGGAAAGAUAUGUGAAUGAAUGACUCAUCAAGUUUAGCUCUUGAACACAGGCACUCUCCCACUGUGAUGGAUAUAUGUCCUAUAUAAGGGUGCAACUAGACAAGAUGGCAGGAGAUCCAUAAAUGGAUCCUUCACAGUUUUUAUAAAUGGCAGUUACUUGUAUGUUUUACCCAGCAGCAGAGGCUGAGAUUUCAAUUAGGAAAACUGCCCCCCUUUCCCAAGGCUAUGUUCACAAACGAAUCACCCCCCAUAGCUGUAUUUGCUUUUUUGUUUUUUUAAAGAGGUGAAUCCAUGCAUAGGUCUCUUAUCACUUUGUCUAGCUGUGCUCUAAAGUCAUGACUUUAACAGAAUGGAGAAGAUGUCCAGGACUUAAUACUUUGUGAACUUCAGGUGUAAAACGUUACAUAGAGGCAUGUAUGUUUAAGAAAUCACGAAGCUCUCCCUUUGUUUUAACAUGUUGGAAUUUUGCAUGGGCUAUCUUUUGGUACAAGUUAAGGAUCCCAUGUAUACUAUUAAUAAUAUAUAUUUUAGAAAAUCAGAAUAAAAUUACCUGUAAUGUUAACCCAAACUAUUUAUUGUUGUAUUCCCUAUUUAUUCUUGAUUGCAAUCACUGUAUCACAAUCACUGGAGAAAUCACUUUGACUAUAAUGGAGCUGCUCAAGAGUAAGUGAUGUUAUAGCUUGCAAUCUCUGAUUAACAUUUUAUAAUUUUGCAAUCAAUUCAGUAUGCAAAUGGAGCAACCAGUUGGUGAAA